AUGCGGUUAGUGAAGCUCUACAAGGCUUAUUGGGUCGCGAUGGAAAAGAAGAAGGAAGAGGAAGCAAGGAAGCAGAAGCUGCUGGAGCUGAAACCGGGCGAGACCAUCCAGGAUGCAUCUGCGAAGGGCACUUCAGGGUUGUUGGAUAUUCCGCAUGGGUGCUUGUUGAAGCGGCUUAGGCCAGGGUCUAGACACCACGGAAUUUAG